UAAAAAAAUUAAAUGAUUUAACGUCCGAAGAGCUUAAAAAUGCUGAUGCUCUUUUUUGUGUUAAUCAACCAAAUUUACCAAAAGAGAGAGCGUGGAAAGGACAGAAGUAUAUACAAUUUACUUUAGAACCUAAGACCUAUUGCCCACAAUGCCAUGAUAAAAACCAUAUGUUUGAUAUCCGUGCAACUUAUCAAGAAUCUUCUGAUAUACCUACAAGUUAUGUUAGAAUGGAUUCCGCAAAAUGGAGAACAGUACUUCCUUUUAAUAUAACAAAGCUCCACAAGAAUUCAACAUUUAUUUCGUUUAUCGCUUCUCAUCUUACCGAGUUCAGGAAAACAUUUAUUCCAAGUAUUGAGGCCCAUAUUCCUGUCGCAUCCUUUGGUGGCGUUAAUCAUAACACAGAUUGGAAUACUUAUCCUGAAUGCGAGG